ACAUUUUACACACACAUACUUCUAACAGCUUUCUUUCUUCGUUUUCUUGAUGAAAAAAAGUUGUUGACAUAAUAAGACCCUAAUUUUUCUUUUUUUCUUACAUAAAUUCGAUCAUUUGUUUCAAUGAAUAGGCGUUCGUCAGUAUCGAGUGCGGUGGCAAAGAGGCAAGCAAUGGCGGCUAAUUCUUCAGCGUCAUCGACGUUGGAUAAUAAUCAUGGGGGGAAAUUAACGGCUAAGAAACGACCAGCGCUUUCUAAUAUUUCUAAUCAUACAAAUGCUGUAACCGCUCGUAACUCGCUAUCUCAUAACUCCAAACUUGCACCAUGUACAUCUAAGAUUGUAAGCAUUAAGAAGAGCACUUCUGGAAUUUCCUCAGGGACGACUUUUCUGCCAGUAUCCUCCUCUGUUAGACCAAGCAAUAAAACUGUUUCUAUUCAAAGAAGUGAUGCAGUUGUGCCGAAGAUCACCGCCGUUCCUCUUCCUGCUGUCACUUGCAGCAUGGACAUAUCUCCGUCUCACUCAGACGGAUCAUUGGUCUCCAUGGAUGAAUCUAUGUCAACUUCGGACACUGUGAGAAGUCCGGAAGUUGAAUACAUUGAUGAUGACCAUGAAGCGGCUGCAGUUGAUUCCAUCGAGAAGAAGGCGUCUAGCACCCUCUACAUCUCAGAACAUGUCAAAGCAGCAGCAGAUAUAUGCAAGAGAGAUGUACUUGUGGACUUGGAAUCAGGGGAUAAAAUUGUCAACAUUGAUAACAAUCUUGUUGACCCACAGUUAUGUGCUACAAUGGCCUGUGACAUAUACAAACACUUGAGAGCCUCAGAGGCAAAGAAAAGGCCUUCCACAGAUUUCAUGGAGAAAGUACAGAAAGACAUAAAUCCUAGCAUGCGUGCUAUUCUAAUUGACUGGCUUGUUGAGGUCGCCGAGGAGUACAGGCUUGUUCCAGACACACUGUAUCUGACUAUUAACUACAUUGAUCGGUAUCUUUCUGGCAAUUUGAUGGACAGGCAACGACUACAGUUGCUUGGAGUAGCUUGCAUGAUGAUCGCAUCGAAAUAUGAGGAGAUCUGUGCGCCUCAAGUAGAAGAGUUCUGCUACAUAACAGACAACACUUACUUCAAGGAUGAGGUCUUGCAAAUGGAGUCUGCUGUUUUAAAUUUCUUGAAGUUUGAAAUGACAGCUCCAACAGUCAAAUGUUUUCUGAGGAGGUUUGUUCGCGCUGCUCAAGGACUUAAUGAGGUUCUGUCGCUGCAGUUGGAACACUUGGCGAGCUACAUAGCAGAACUCUCUCUUUUAGAGUACAGCAUGCUUUGUUACGCUCCAUCACUCAUUGCUGCUUCUGCAAUUUUCUUGGCCAAAUAUAUGCUUCUUCCCUCAAUGAAACCUUGGAACUCUACCUUGGGGCAUUAUACUCUGUACCAACCCUCUGAUUUACGAGACUGUGUCAUGGCACUACAUAGCCUUUGCUGCAACAACACCAAUUCUAGUUUACCAGCAGUCAGGGAAAAAUACAGCCAGCACAAGUACAAAUUUGUAGCAAAGAAGUAUUGCCCGCCAACUGUACCUGUAGAGUUCUUCCAGAACAUAAGCAGCUAAGCAAGGACAGACAAGAGGAGGCAUUAACUUCAGUUUUCCAAUUCUCUGUUGGAUUACAUUCAUGGCAUUUCAACGGGAAGGACUACAAUCUUAUAGUCACAAACUUGCAGUGUCCUUAGUAGAGCAUCUUCGUUUGUAGUGUAGAGCUUUUUUCUCCUUGACUGGCCUUAGUAGAGCAUCUUUGUUUGACAUUGCAGGAUUAGUCUUGUACUCUACUGUUCUUCUCUAGUUUAGUUACUCUAGUCAGUUUGUGUACAGAA